AUGUCCACAGCCCCUAAAAUAACCACCCUCGGCCACCGCGAACUCACGACGAUCAAUAAUCAACACUAUCAACGCAAAAAGGGCACCGAGGAAUGGAUCCCUUACUACCCGGACACACCACCUUCAGCUUUGGCUUCUGGGCCCGAACCGGUCUACCUCUCUCUUAUUCGCGAAGCCCAGGGCCCUGGGGAACCGCAUCACUGGGCGCUUUUUGUGGCGCGGGAGAAUCAGUCCGGGUAUGUGUAUCAGGUGAAAGGGGAUGCGGAGUUCAUGAGCUAUGAGCCGUCGGAGGGGGUGGUGGGGUUGGAGGUGCUUGAGGGGAGGGUGGAUGUGUUUGUGUUGGGGGUGUUGGAGGCUGGGAGGGGGGAGGAGAUGGUGAGGAGGGUUGCAGGGGAGGAAAGUCCGCCGAAGGCGCGCAGUCGGAGGGAGGUGAGGGAGAAUUGUCAGGGGUGGGUGGUUAGGGUGUUGGAGAGGUUGGUUGGGGCGGGUGUUUUGGGGGAGGAGAAGCUGGGGAUGGUGAGGGGGAUGAUGGAGCCGGUUUGAUCUAUUUUUGUAGGUUUGGACUGGAUGAAAGUGGCUAUUGAGAGAUGAGUGCUAUAGUGACUUAUAAUGCUGAGGUCAAGGGUGUUAGGAGAGGAUCACGCUAUUUCCGAACAUAGACUGCCAUCUCGCAAAAGUUCGUAUCGGGUAAAAAGGCGUAGGUGUUGUAGCAGUUCCUCAGCAUGUCAAACACUCUGGGAGUCACCGGGUCGGUGGAUGCGUAAAAGUCAUCUUCCGGUUCGUCUCCAGUCUCGAUAUCACUCUCUUCCACCUUCACCCAGAUGAUAAUUGCUGGUCUGGCAAGUUCGGUGAUAAUCUCCUUCACAGCCACGUUGGACGCACAACUGAAGACAACUGAUGAUUCGUCGACUUCCAGAUACCCUUGAGGAUCGUUCACGACCUGCAUUCCGUGCUCAGUAAGGGCUUCUUUAUC